CAGAGAGAGGGAGAGACACAGAGAGACUGGCUGUUUUUUGGGGGGAGCAAAGGGAGCCUUCGACGCUGCGGAUAUGAACUGAAAAGAAACACUGGAAGAGGCAGGGAUCGUGUUCCUAUAUCCCGAACAUUUACUGUAAAGGUGGAAAACCAGCCCCCCAAACCCUCCUCUCUCCCUAACAGUUCUUAUUCAGAGAGAGCUACACCCAAAGCCCCGACCGACCCCCUCCUGUUCCUGCUGCUCCACCCCUCCGCCGCUGCACCGCUCCGGCAACCGAGAUGCACACGGAGACCCGUAACAAGAAAUGCCAGUCGACUCCUAAGCAGAAGAAGAGUGCCGCCGGCGCCCAGAAGAAGCAGAGGAGCCCGGCCAAGCAGAGCGCCCUGACCCAACAACCGCCUCCGCCGUCAUCAUCACCGCCGCCGCCCGCGUCCAAGGAAGAGGAGGAGGAGCCGGCGACCAGGCCUCGGCCACCGCAGGGGGAGGACGAGGAGGAGGCGGGCGAGGAGGAGCGAGAGGAAGUGAAGAAGAAGGAGGAAGAGGAGGAGGAGGAGGGCGGGAGAGACAUGCCCUCUGUACAGAUCAAGCCAGAGCCAGAGGAGAUGGAGUGCACGCAGGCAGAUGUAGGUGACGACUGCUCGCAGCCAACAGACCUGAAGGUGAAGACGGAGCCGCCAGUGUGCAAGACAGAGCCGUCCUCGCCCGAGCCAUGCCCCGCCGAGGACCAGACCGAACCCGUUGACCUGUCGCUCAACAAGCCCCGCUCCUCUUCGCUUCCCACUUCGACGACGAGCACCACAGUCAACCCUGCGCCCAGCGGUGCCGUGACCCAACCCAGCCUGUCUGCCACACCGGUCCCCUCUGCGGUACAAUCGAUAGGCUCCAUGGUCCUCUCUCCAGGCUCCAUCUUGGCCACUCAGGGUGCCGGGGGCCAGCAGAUCCUCCACGUCAUCCACACAAUCCCCUCUGUCAGCAUGCCCAGCAAGGUGGGCCAGCUCCAGACCAUCCCUGUGGUGGUGCAGUCGCUGCCUGUCGUCUACACCACCAUGCCCACUGACGGCGUGGCCACAGCAGCCAUCACAGUGCCGCUCAUAGGCAGUGAUGGGCGCUCAGAAGGAUCCGUUCGUAUUAAGCCAGGUUCAACGUCUCCGGUGGAGUAUCAGAGUGACAGCGAUGCAGAGAGCGGGACAGAGUCUGGAUCAGCCUCCCUCAGCGCCCAGAGCCUCGACGCCGGGUCGGUUAUGGACUUGGAGCCCGUCGAUCCAGAUUCACCGGACAUCAAGAGGAGGCGGAUCCACAUGUGUGACUAUGAAGGCUGUAAAAAAGUUUACACCAAGAGCUCCCACCUCAAAGCCCACAGGAGGAUACACACAGGAGAGAAACCCUACCACUGUACCUGGGAGGGCUGCACCUGGCGCUUUGCCCGCUCCGACGAGCUGACUCGACACUUCCGCAAGCACACGGGGAUCAAACCUUUCCGCUGCACCGAGUGCGACCGCUCCUUCUCCCGGUCUGACCACCUCUCCCUGCACCGCCGCCGCCACGUCAUGAUGUGAACUCUCAACACCCCCCCCAACACCCAAUCAACCUCCCCGACAAACCGACCCCUCGACAUCUCAAAGUCCCUCACAGCACAUCUUGUACCAGUGCCCCCCACCCAUCAUGAACCUCUGCUACUUCCUGUGUCCCCCACAUCAGGAUUUAAAGCCCCAUCAGCAGAUAAAAAGACCUCCUUCCUCCUCCUCCUCCUCUUCAUGUUGAAAUCACGGGAAUAUCAGGAAUGUGUCUGCGCUUGUGUGCGUGCGCCGUGGCGGUUAGGAGGUUUUUACUGUGUGUGUUUCAACACAUAACCAUCAUCAUCAUCACCGUCCACCCAAUGACCCUCCCGCCCCAAAACAGUCCCCCCUCUCAUCCUCCAACUCUGCCCCACCCGUCACACAAGACGUCAAGACAAGGAUGAAGGACAUCCAUCAGCAGGGACGUUCAUCCAUCCAUCACAUGCAUCCAUCCAUCCAUCCAAAGGAGAGGAGGAAGAGGAGGAGAGAUGUGUGUGUGUGUGUGUGUAUUGUCUUUGAACUCGAAGCAGAAGUGGAAUCUUAAGCGAGAUGUCACUUCAGCUGCUUUCUUCUUUCCAAUAAUAUCAACUGUUUAGAGUCCAGAGUUGGGAAGUCAUGUGACUGCAACUUCGUGGAUGUUUGGAAGAAGCGGUUCCAAAUGUCUCAAAUAGCCCCCUUUCACAACAGGAACUUUCCAGGAACCUUUAUAGGAACUUUAAUUUGUCUUUUUAAAACCUUUCCAUUUUGACUUGAGGAGCAAUGACACAACAGAAGUUUGGAAACAUUUUUAGUUGGUGCUAAAAAAGUGUUCAAAUUCAAUUCCCAGCUCUGAUCCAAGGUUCCUAACGGACCAGGAACUGCAGAACUAAAUACUGAACAACGAUCCACACAGUGAUUCUGCUGUUUCUUCACAUGCAAAAUUGUGUCAGAGAAACAUGAUUUUCUGUGCUCAGCCCUCCAGAUGUUGUGGAAACGUGCGAAAGGGAUUCUCAGUUCCUGGUUCUGUUUGGAAAGGGGUCCAAAACAACCAAAACUCUGCUGGAUUUGAUCAAUUUGUGACCAGAACGUUUGCAUAAAUUAUUCACCAGAUCUUGAAGGCGAAGGCUUCCCAGCUGUGUGCAUAUCAGUGUUUGUGUAUGUGCACGAGCCUUUUCGCAGCAGCCGCAGUGACGUCAAACGUAUAUUUCCUCUUUGGCAAGCAUCCAUCUGAGGUUUAGAUCUAAAAGUCGUUUAUUCAUCCCGACCCCCCAUCUGCAGCCCCAACCCCACCCCCUCCCCUGGUACAGGGAGCUACAAGACUGUGAACUUUAUAAAGAUUCAUUUGUUUUCAUUGUAUCAAUCACAUUAUUGUCAUUUGUGUGUUCUCCCCCCGCACACACCUUUCUGAUUCUUCUCCUUCUUCUUCUUCUUCGAUAACAGUAUUUGCUUUUUAUGCGUCGUGUUGCUGUCGUUUUAUCAAUUAAGGCCUUCAGUUCUGUUGCUUUUCUUUCUUCUUUGCCAGGUUUGGCGCUCUUAACAGAAUGGCAUCCGUUUUUUUUUUCUUUUAAAAAAAGAAAAUGAUUUCAGAUCCUUUUGUUGUGUUCUGAGGCUGUGAAAAAGACUGAGGAGACACAAAUAGUUUGAGAUUACAAGUAAAACUCUCGCGCAGGGAAUAGGGGAGCUUUUCUGAGUGCGUGUUUUUUGCGCGCGUUGUUCAUGUGUGUGUGUGUGUGUCUGUGGGCGAGUGUGUGCAUGUUUUGAGACAAACACAUAAUCAGAAUUUAAGAUUUUUACGAGUGUGUGUUCCGGGCACUUGUUCUUUUACCUCUUGCCCGUUGAGCCUUAAUAACUGAAGUCAAUCUGUAAGGGCGAAACCAGAACCACUGACAGAGGGCGUUUGGCCGGAGAUCAACUGUGAGCCUCCACUUAUUAAGACACGGUUUGUCCGUGACUGCCUGAUCUUUGCAGCCUUGGCUUGUUUUCGCAUUGCUUCCUGUUUCGCGGCUCGUACAGCAGCGAGAGUUGAGCUUCUGUUCUGGUGUUUAGAAACCAAGAAGCUAAAGCUGUCAACUUUUUAAGAUUCCCAUUUUAAUUUGGAGACUAAAUUUCCUCGUAAACACGCCAUACUGUUGAGGGAAGCCUGUCAGUCUUUGCAGGCUUUUGUAUUUUACAGCUGCUGGAUUGCUUUUUUUAAAAUUUUUGCACAAAACAUGAAGAGGCCGCUCCAGAGCGCGCAGGUUUAAGCCUUUUAGAAGAAUCACAUUUGAGCGAUUGCUGAAAAUGUGGUGUUAGCUUUGAGAAGCUGCAGCAGCGACAGUGAAAACGGCAUUUGCACUGACGUUACGACACCUGUGGAGCCAUCAGGGCUCCAGCGGACGUCACAGUGUCCAGGCCGUCUGUCUGUCAGUGGUUCUGGGAGAAACCAGGCACUGUGUCGGGCUGUCAGGGUCCGGGGUGCCUGCGGUUUAAACCACGGGGAAACUAAACGCUCUCCUCACUAGCAUUUCUCUCGGGGGCGGGGGGGUCAAUUCUCUUUCAACUGAUUUUUUAAUUGUGACAGAACUUAAUGUCUUAAAUAAAAACUAACUCCAAUAAAUUCUAACAGAGAAUCUCAUAUUUAUGCUCUUUCCCUAGUUUCUCGACAUAGCGCCCCUGAUCUGUAGCCCGCGCUGAACUCAAAUCAGCACCUUCUUCAUGCUACCUUCAGGCAGUUGAAACAGAACUGAUCCCCUGACCCUGCCCUCUAACCCACGGUGUCCAUGUCUUAAGUGGGCUGUUCUUCAGCUCCCAUUCUGGACUGAACUUGAUUAUGCAACAUAACGCAGACCUCGCUCCAAGCGCUGUUCUGAACUGAGUAGUAGAGCACUAGCCGGUAGUUGCACUGCUGAUAUGCAGCUCACAUAGGUUGUAACAAGAACCUUAAAGGGAGGUCAGGACGCGUGGAGGCCCGCGCUGUUGAUCACUGAACCCAGCUGUGCUCUGAACCUGCUCUCAGAAUAAACAGCGAGCCGAGGGCGUGAUCGGCGGAGCUCGCGCUCCACAAUCCUGACGUGUCCCUUUCACAAAACAAAAAGGCGAGACACACUUUGCUUUUGCGACGCUGCUCUCGUUUGCCAUUCGGGGUUACUGUUGUUGUCAUUUCAAAAGCUAGUAAACGAGAGCGAAACGUUGUGCACCUGACUUUUCGUGGUAUGAUAGCUGAGAUGGACGUGCAGGCUUCCUGCGAGCUGAGUGCAUGCCAUGAACAGGGCAGAUUGUUGUUUGGUCUGCACACUGCAAAAAAACAAAAAAAGCAAAACCCUGUCUGAGCCAUGUCACUGAAUCUGGUUGUGGAUUUUGAAGAUGCUAUCAUUGGUAUCAAGAAAAGUCUGGAAACAGGUUUAACCGAGUGCAAAAUAAGGAAAAACGAUCACUUCUUAAGAACCUGAACUAAAUUCAGUCACUUGUUUGGAGGGAUUUUGUUGUUUUUGCAGUGCAGAGCAGAACAAUACAAUGUUCCCAUUCCUCUUAACAUCCCCUCUGCUUCAACUAAAAAAAAAAAACAUAGUAACUAAGCACAUCUUUCUAGAAGAGUAUAUGCAUUUGAUUGCAAUUUUCUUUCUUUUGUAAACUGUUGAUAAAGACAUUAAGGACAAUGACAAAUAAUUAAGAUAAAUCCAUGUACAUAAAUGUAUAUAAUCAAAAAGUGCAGAGUAAAUGUAACGGGUGAAUUUCUAUUUUUAACACUGACUAGAUAAUGUGAAAAAAAUCUUUUUUUUUCUUCUUCCUCUGUUGGUUUGAUGAAAUGUGUUUCAUCACGUGUUCUUUUUUUCAAUCUAAUAAUACGUUUGUUUCGUAGUUUCUUAAAAAAUGGUCCCACUUGUGUUGUGCACACUUGUUGCAUGGAGAGUAGCCUUCUUGUUUUCUUAUAGUGACGUUGGUGAGCAUGUCCGUGUGUGUGCGUGUGAGUGUGUGUAUGUGUGCUUGGAUGCGUGUGUCUGUGUGUGUGUGUGCGUGUGUGUGUGAGACGGUGGGUUUCCUUUAACAUUGAUAACCUGAGGAAAAAGAAAAUGAUUAAUUAGGGCUACAUUUAUUAGAACUGAGCUUAAUAUUUCUGCACUGGACCUCAUUUAAAAUCAAACUUUGUGAAAAGUGAGAUUUGGCUGGUUUGGGUCAUUUUUACACACGAGCUCCAGGUGUGUUCAGAAACUAAAAUAAAAAUCAGUGUUUUUGGUUAUUUUGGCUGCACAGGCAUGAAUUUGGUUUCUGGUUUUACAGUCUUCAGACUCACAGCGGUGGAGACAAACAUGUCCAACCUGUCCAACACCUCGUCCUGUUGCUGUAGUCCCUAACAGAAAAUCAGUUUGCCAUUUUAUUGCAGCAAAGCUUCACAUGUGCAAAACAAUUCGAAAAUGCUUUUUCUCCCAUUUGAAGUUCAGACAUCGAAGGAGUAAAAUUUUAACACCGAGACCAAAAUCAUUCAAGUGUAAGCGACAUUUUUUGUUAGCUUCCAACAAGAACUUGUUGCAUGGCAGCUGCAAAGGCUCAUGGGAUAUGUUGUUGUUGAAUGCUGACAGAAUAACGUUAAUUUCUCUUGGUUGAAACUGAGAGAUUUUUCCAUCCAGUGCAGUAGCAGAUUUAGCCCGUUUAGCCCAAAGCAGUCGAGCGUUUUUGCCAGACCGACUGAAGAAUCCCUCUCUGAGGAAACCCUUCGUGCUCCAGAAGCUAACAGAGCAGAAACCGGCUCAGCAGGCAGGACCUCAGCUCUCCUUAGACUCCACAUAUUCCUUUCAGCAAAGGCACAGGGUUGAUCUGAUAAACUGUGGAAACGCUCAGGUCCCGUAUUCCUAUCAUUAUGAAGAAAAUACAAAAAAAGAUGGCGUCUAGCCGCGGCGGUAGUUUUGUGUUUUUUAGUGAAAUGUGAGAUUUCAGCCUCUGACACAGUGCAAUGAAGGUGAACGGGAUUUAUAUUGUCGUGCUCACAGCAAUGACAGAAAUGACUGGUCAAAGUCGAGGUGCAGGUACUCGCGUUUACACUGGAUGGAGUUUGCUCACUUGUCAUGUGAUAACAGCUGGUUUUAUGAAGAAGUGGGUUAUAACCUCUUUGGCCGCCUUGAUGUUUUUCCAGUUUUGAUCUGAUGUUUUGCUUGAAAUCUGACCCAGAAGCUAAAUUAUGGACUGUUAGUAAAGAUUAGUUUGUCAAACUACUGCUACUAAGGCCAAGACUGAACUUUCCUGCUCGGUUUCACAGGGAUAUAUCUUCAGCAGAGAGCCAAUGACACCAGUCCUCUGAGGAUUUAAAGCAGUUUUUCAGCCCUCAAAAUACCACAAAGGAAACUCCAUUCACCUCCACUGUGUUGUGAUAGAGGCAGAAAUCUGAGAAGGACAUAAAAUAAAACCAAAUCUGUCUGCGUUGCGAGACACCGCAAAUGUUUUGCUUUUGAAUUUGGCUCGGAUUGGUUGCAUUAUUUAUAUGGAACCCAAGUCCCCUUUAUUUCAAGGAACUUUAACCCCACGUAGCACAUGUGUGUGUCAUUAUGGAAAUGAUACUGGCCCAUCGCUUUACAAGCACACUGAUCUGCUCUGGUGACCAUGAUUGCAGAGACAAACACACACUAAAACCUGCGGCGUCACGCUGAGGACAGUCGCUUAUGAGCCUGUUGACGAUGACCCGGACAAAGUCUUAUCGCUGGUGUUGGACUAGUUGCAGGGAGACUGAUGCAUGUGUUCGUGUUUUUCCCGCUUCCUGUUGGUUUUUUCGCGGUUUGUGCAAGCUUGUUUUCCCCUCGGUAUUCUUCUAAAUCUUCUGUUCGUGUAUAAAGCAGGAAUGUUCAUCUGUGAACAGGCAGUGAGACAACAAGGGUUUUAUCCCCACUGAGACCUUGACAGGAUAGAGGUCAUGUCUGAGGGUGACGUCACUGACUGUGUCCGUCUGUGUGCCUCGACUCACCACGAAUCACUUCCUCCGCAAAUCAGAAAUUUUAGGUAUUUUCUAUUGAAUGCAGUAACUUAUGGGCCAGUACUAUAUUUACCCAGUGCAAUGCAGUUAUCAUUAUAAUAAUACAAUUAUUAAUAAUAUUUUUUCUUUUUUGUAUUUGUACAGAACAAAUGUGUAAAGAUCAGUGAGGAAAACGUGAGCUUUUUGAUACUGUGACUCAUGGUGUUUAAAAGUCAGUUUCUCCCUGUACAGUUGUGAUUAUUUCCCCCUCCCUCCCUUCUUCUUUUAUAGAAUAAAAAAUGUUUUUGGUGCAAUUUAA